GGCGCAAGACUAGUGCCUCAGACAGCAGUGUGUGUGGACGUGUUUGAGUUCUUUUUGUUAGUGUUUUUAUGUUUGAUCGUUCCGUUGAUUUUCUUUAUUAUGUGACUUUCGACUGUCUUCCCGAACUCCGCGUUGAUAAUGAGGAAAUAAAGGCAGUUUGAAAGCCUGCCAAACGUGAAGGACCAUAAUCUAUUAAAAGGGCAUGGAAAAACAAACCUCCUUAGAUUUGGAAACAAACAUUUUGAUAUAACUAAGGCGGUAAUUAGCUUCCUCUGAAAACAUCAUGAAUAUCCCGGGAUCUGGCCCCGAUUCCAAGGCAAAAUCACUCUUGCCUUUCUUCUCCUCCUUCCUGGGUUUCCUGGCGCUCUCACAAGCCCUUUCUUUCCUCCUCCUGUACCAUCGCCUAGAGAGCGCCACGACCGAGCUCGAGGAAAGUCUGCUGCAAAGAGGCAAGAGGAAGGAAUUCAUCGCGAAGGAGGUGGAACUUCUGAGGGGACAAAUCCUGGAUUUUACGGAGAAGCAAAAGUUCCAGACCCUCCCCUUCCCAAGUCCUCUUGACCUGUCACCAACUCCAGCAUCGGUCGAAGCUCUCCCGUCGUCGUCGUCGUCACCCGUCGUUUCUCCUUCGCCUUCCUUUCCGAACGAGGAGGAAGUCCUCUCCGAUGUCCCCGGGAAAAACAGACGCCUAAAACGGAGUGCAUUAGGCGCGGCCAUUGGAAUUAAUGGAGGGGCCAUUAGUCAACAAGAUGCUGGUGUGGAUGUACAGCUGGAAGGGCGCAUUCAGUACGAGGCAAUACAAGAAUACUGCAGCCAAACAAGAGACUCUUGUCCUAUCGGAGAGCAAGGAAUCGUCGGUCCUGCUGGAGAACCCGGGAGAGCAGGCUUCAAUGGAACAGAGGGACCUGAAGGUCUUCCUGGGGAGCCUGGAGAGCAGGGUCCUACUGGUGAACAGGGACCCAUUGGGGAACAAGGGCCUAAGGGAAUGAAGGGCGAGAAGGGAGUCAAAGGUCCCCCUGGACUGGACGGGAAGGACGGACCAACAGGGAAGCCAGGGCUCGAUGGAAUACCCGGCCGGAAUGGAGUGGAUGGUAAAUCCAAGCGCAAAGGUUUCCCUGGAAAGCCUGGCACUCCUGGAAGAGACGGAAUAGAUGGAACGGAUGGAACGCCGGGAGAGCAAGGGGAAAUAGGACCUCAAGGACCCAAAGGAUACCGAGGUAUCCGAGGUCCUAAUGGAAGGGAUGGAAAAGAUAGUGUACCAGGUAUACCAGGCGCUCCCAAGAUAGAACCAUGGAAUGUUGAUGAGAUUGCUAAUGAAAGACUCGUUCCGCCUUCCCUACCAGGGUCACCGCGUUUGCCUGUCAUCGUCCGCGAACUGAAUAACUUACGCCUUCGGUGUCUAGCGGCAGGUGAACCUAGACCUACGGUCGUGUGGAGUCGCGUAACCGGAAAUGGUAGUGUUAUUGCUCUAACACAACCUGAAGAUGAAACCCUGAACGAUCACGUCUUAAGUGUGGCUAAUGUUACUCGAGACUUGACGGGGACCUACAUGUGCAGAGCAUCCAAUAUGGUUGGGGAAGACGCCGUCAAAGAUUUCAAAGUUGAAGUGCAUUUUGAACCAUCGAUCAAAGUUAAUCGCUGGAAAGUGGGCACAUACAACGGGUCGAGUGCCACGCUAGAGUGCCACGUUGAAGCUUAUCCACUGGCGCUGACCUACUGGGAACACCCGAACGGUCGCAUUCUCGAAAAUUCUACCAGAUAUAUUUCUCGAUAUUAUGGUGACCGGAACCUGGUUUGGAAGGGAAGAAUGGUGUUGGAAGUGUUCAAUGUUGAAAAGGCUGACUUCGGUGACUAUCACUGCGUUGCCAAAAACAGCUUCUCUUUAACGAAGGGCCUCGUGAAAGUUCACGAAAUUGAUCCGACGUUGUACAUCCCAUCGUCUGGAGCAGUGGAGGGACACGACACGGGUGAACAUGACCCAUGCUUACCUGCUCCAGAUUGUCCUGAUUGUACCAAAGGCACAAAGUGUGCCAAAAGCAUUCUAGUGGAACAGUUCGGCAACGAUACGUAUCCAGGAUUUAAAAACAGAAGCCUUGAUUGCCUGCUAUCAGCUGUUGGCCAGCCUGUCUACCACAGACAUACUGGCUCUCUCUAUGGAUCAUGGAUGCGAGAUACACACCCGAGGGAUGCCCAGGCCGAACAUAAACUCUGGACUACAAGAUACAAGGAUCCUUGGACUCUCUAUGAGUAUGCAGACAAAAGCCGCUACUGGAAGGAUCUCCCAACAAAGAAUUAUACUCUUCCCAAAGCGUACUCGGGAAAUUCACACGUCAUUUAUAACGGGUCAUUCUACUACCACGAAGUAGGUCAGCCUGUCAUCAUUAACUACGACCUAACAUCAGGCCAAACCAAAUCAGUUUCUGUGCCCCAGCUCUCUACCGAAGAGAACUAUCACCUCUACACCAACAGCAUAGACCAGGUCGACAUCAGUGCUGAUGAAAAUGGACUGUGGGCUAUUUAUGGACUCCCCUCGAAUAACAACACUGUCGUCAUGAAAAUAGACCCCUGGACGAUGAAGGUGGAAUAUAGCUGGAACAUUUCACUCAGCCACCACAGUUUCGGGGAGCUGUUCAUCACAUGUGGUGUACUGUAUGCUAUUGAUAGCACUACAGUGAGAGAUGCAAAGAUAAGAUUCGCCUUGGACCUGUAUCGGAAGACCUUCCUUGACGUGGAUUUGACUUUCACUAAUCCCUUCCGGAAUACGACAACGCUUGGUUAUAAUUCGAGAAUGAAGGAAAUCUACUCGUGGGACAGCGGCAAUCAACUCUCUUAUCCAAUCAAGUACAACGACAUAGGGUACAAUGCUCCUAUUGAGGACCUCACCUAAGCAGCUAGUGUCUCGUUAUUUGCAUUACAAUUUGUCCUUUGCUUUAAAUCCUUUAAGAGGAAAGAAGCACAGAAAUUUUCCUUUGGAAGUGAAAGCAGCAGUGUUUCAUUUGUUUUCAUCGCCAAGGCUUUAGAGACCUUCCAAACUAAUAUUACAUUCACAUCAGUUAACAGAAAAUAAUUAUAUUCUUUCGUGAUCACUGACUGGUUUGGUAGUUAGCAAAGUACAAUUGUUAGUAUUUUAGUUUUAUUUCACAUGAAUCAGUUCGUAUUACGUGGAUGAUUUUCCUGGUAAUUUUGGUUAAAAUCAAAUGAAGAUGACGUAAGCGCAACCAAACAAAAAAGGCUAAAUAGUACGCAAUUAGUUUUAAUCAAGACUCACUGAAAGCGACAUGAAAAUUUCAUUUUGUUAAUUCGCAAAAGGAACCCUGGAAUCAUAAAGUAACUUUAUCCAAGCCAUAAAGCUGUAAAGUACUAAUAACCUUCCUAAAGAAGUCAUUCUAUAUUGUAUAUAGAAAUUUCUGACGCACAUCAGAAACGAAUCCCUGUCUACCAAAUGAAAGGCCAGGACGCUUCCAGUUGACCGACACAGGUCAUAAAGGAAGUUGGGACCUAAGUACUUUUGUACCCGAGGGUUUUCUAGGCAGACUGUUGCCUAACAUACCAUUUACACACAUACAUACAUACAUACACACACACAUACACACACACACACACACACACACAUAUAU